GCUGAUUUUCUGCAGCGCUUGGAUAUCUCUUGAGAAGAGAGUGGAAUUAACUGACAGUAGAACGUGGAAGAAUGUUGAUAGAGGUUAAGUUGCCGGUGGUGUAAUGUUGGUGUAAUACGUGUAAUAUUUGAAUUAUUGCUCUAUGCUGAGUAUAUAUUAGACGUAGCAGGUUUCAGCAGACUGGUAAACUGUAGUAUUUGAUGUUCUGAUUCAAUCCUUCAUAAGGGAUUAUCUCAUAUUUUACGAUUUCUGACACGAUAAUAUAAGUUCAGUAAAAUGACAGCAUUUGAAGAAAUGGGCGUUUUGCCGGAAAUCGGCAAAGCGGUGGAAGAAAUGGAUUGGAUGUUGCCUAUGGAUGUCCAAGCAGAAGCUAUCCCUCUCAUCUUAGGAGGUGGUGAUGUUCUUAUGGCAGCUGAGACUGGUAGUGGUAAGACAGGCGCUUUCUGUCUACCAAUCAUUCAAAUUGUUUGGGAAACAUUAAAAGAUUUAGAAGCUGGAAAAGGGAGCAAAGUCAUUGCACAGACAUCCCCUCAUUGGACCUUAAGUUUCUUUGACAGAGGCUCUGCUCUUGCUGUCACCCCUGAUGGGCUUCGUUGCCAGUCACGAGAGCAGAAAGAAUGGCAUGGGUGUCGAUGUACCAAAGGUGUGAGUGGUAAGGGCCGAUACUAUUAUGAAGCCACAGUAACUGAUGAAGGCCUAUGCCGUGUUGGUUGGUCUACAAACCAGGCCAACCUGGAUGUUGGAACAGAUAGAUUUGGUUUUGGAUUUGGUGGCACAGGAAAAAAGUCAAAUAAUAAACAGUUUGACAGCUAUGGUGAGGCAUUUGGCAUGCAUGAUGUCAUUGGGUGCUUUUUGGACCUGGAUAAUUGCGAAAUUAGCUUUUCAAAAAAUGGAACUCACUUGGGGAAAGCCUUUUCUGUUCCCCAGCAGCUGAAAAAUUCUGCAUUCUUCCCAUCUGUUGUACUGAAGAAUGCAGAGAUGUCUUUCAAUUUCGGAGUGCAGCCGUUCAAGCACCCACCUGAGAAGGAAUGGUUGGCUGUGUGUGAAGCCCCCAAAGAAAAUGUUCGGCAGAAUGAAAUAGGUAGCAGCGGCACUGCAGCUCCAGCAAAAGCCAUGAAGAAUGCUCCUCAAGCUAUCAUCAUUGAGCCAUCAAGAGAACUUGCUGAACAAACAUAUAACCAAAUCCUAAAAUUCAAGAAAUAUAUGGAGAAUCCAAAAGUGAAAGAUUUACUGGUGAUUGGAGGUGUUAAUGUAAAAGAUCAGAUUUCUGAACUUAAUUCAGGGGUAGAUAUUGUAGUUGGCACACCAGGUCGCUUAGAAGAUCUCAUAUCUGGUGGACACCUGUCCCUAACCCAGUGUCGCUUCUUUGUUCUGGAUGAAGCAGAUGGCUUGUUGAAACAAGGAUAUGGAGACAUGAUAGAUAGGCUUCAUCGUCAGAUUCCUAAAAUCACUAGUGAUGGCAGACGACUCCAAAUGAUUGUUUGUUCAGCAACAUUGCAUGCAUUUGAAGUAAAGAAGAUGGCGGAGCGAUUAAUGCACUUUCCAACAUGGGUGGAUUUGAAAGGUGAAGAUGCAGUGCCAGAGACUGUGCACCAUGUGGUAGUGAUGGUGGAUCCCCAGAAGGACUCCAGCUGGCAUAGUCUCCGCCGCCAUGUGCAGACUGAUGGAGUGCAUGCCAAGGACAAUGUUCGCCCAGGGAACAACACUGCUGAGACUUUGUCAGAAGCUGUGAAAAUGCUUAAAGGAGAAUAUUGUGUUAAAGCAAUUAAUGAGCACAAGAUGGAUCGUGCAAUCAUUUUCUGCCGCACAAAGUUGGACUGUGAUAACUUAGAGCGUUACCUCAAUCAAGUUGGUGGUCCUAAACUUGGAGGAGGUGCUCAUUCUCGAGGCAAUCAGUAUUCUUGUGUUUGUCUCCAUGGUGAUCGCAAACCACAGGAACGAAAAGCUAAUUUGGAGCGCUUCAAAAAGCAAGAAGUGAAAUUCCUUAUUUGCACUGAUGUAGCAGCUCGUGGUCUGGAUAUCACUGGUUUGCCUUUCAUGAUUAAUGUGACUCUGCCAGAUGAAAAGUCUAAUUAUGUGCAUCGUAUUGGUCGAGUCGGUCGAGCUGAACGCAUGGGCCUUGCUAUUUCUUUAGUCUCUUCAGUGCCUGAGAAGGUAUGGUAUCAUGGUGAAUGGUGUUCUUCUCGUGGACGUAACUGCUGGAAUACUCGCCUUACUGAUGAGGGUGGUUGUUGCAUUUGGUACAAUGAACCAAGAUUUCUGGCUGAAAUUGAAGAUCAUUUAAAUGUCACCAUUCAGCAAGUAGAGCCAGAUUUGAAAGUUCCUAUGGAUGAAUUUGAUGGUAAAGUGGUGUAUGGACAGAAACGGCAACAGAUGGGUUCUCAGUAUGAAAAUCAUGUGGCUCAAAUGGCUCCUGCUGUGAAAGACUUGGCCCAGUUAGAAAGUGAAGUACAGCUAAUGUACUUGAAACGACAAUUCAAGGGACGCAGUGCCUGAAUAAGAUUAUGUAGGGAUUCAACUACACAGUCUACAGAGCGUUGAAACACCUCUCGAUAUUAGAUAAGAGAGAUUCAAUGUGAUGCUAAGUAUUUGCAUUAUUUCAGAUUGUAAUUGAGAAAGUUCUUUGAAUUUCUGAGAGAAAUGGUUAAGUUGCUCUUAUUUAUCUUAUAUUAAUUUAUGGUUUAUAAUAUCUUCCAUGAAAAUAAGAGGUGAAAAUGAUAUUGACCUGCUAAUAAAGUUCAUGAAAUGAAAUAUACUCAUUUUAUUCUAAAUAGUUUUGUUCAACAGUCGAGUAAGUAAGAAUGUGCCAACCACACGUGAAAUGGGAACUACUUUUUGAAUUGAGGGUUCUUCAUAUGAAUAUCCUGAAAUAUUUUUAAAAUUUUCUGAAGAAUAGUUCCAAAUUAAAAAAAAGAAAAUGUUUGCUUCAAUAGAAUAAAAUCUCUACUUUCUC